UAAGACGUACGUACCAGGAAGUGUGCGGAAGACAACAAGUCUGCAGCGGGCUAAUCACAUGCUGCGGCAGCAACAGAUUCUGUGUUGAUGGACAGCUGCAAUUAAACCUUUGGUUUUAGAAACGCUGGGCUGGAGAUUUACCAACAGGAGGAAACCACAGUUCUACAGAGUCUUAUUCAGCCACUUCAAUGUCUUCUGGCUGCCCACCCCAGUCACCUGCUGUGGCAAAGUCUGAGGUAGCAGUGGAGGGAGAAUGCCCACUCCUGGCUGCCACCUUCGCCUACUGGGACAACAUCCUGGGCCCACGCGUGCGCCACAUCUGGGUGCCAAAGGGCGAACAGCUGAUGUUCCUCAGCGAUGGAGAGAUCACCUUUUUGGCAAAUCACACCCUUAAUGGAGAGAUUCUGCGCAGCGCGGAGUGCGGCGCUGUGGACGUGAAGUUCUUCGUCCUGGCAGAAAAGGGCGUCAUCAUCGUCUCUCUCAUCUUCGAUGGAGAGCUGAAGGGGGACAAAAACACGUGCGCCCUGUCCAUCAUCCUGCCUCAGACGGAGCUGGCGUUCUACCUGCCUCUGCACACCAUCUGCGUGGAGAGGCUAAAACAUGUCAUCCGUAAGGGGCGCAUUUGGAUGCAGAAGGGCUACAACAUAAUUUCUGUGCUGAGCUUGGAGAUUGUACCCAUUAUGGAGCUGCUGGCAUCCAUGAAGACACACAGUGUGCCAGAAGAUAUAGAUAUAAAAGACACGGUGCUAAAUGAUGAUGACAUCGGGGACAGCUGCCACGAGGAUUUCCUCCACAAGGCCAUCAGCUCCCAUCUACAGACGUGUGGCUGUUCAAUAGUGGUUGGAAGCAACCCAGAGAAAGUGAAUAAGAUCGUGCGGACGCUCUGCCUCUUCCUCACCCAGGCGGAGAGGAAGAGCUCUCGCCUGUGCAGGGCUGACUCUUCCUUCAAAUAUGACACGGGGCUGUUUGUUCAGGGUCUGCUCAAGGACUCCACGGGCAGCUUCGUCCUGCCCUUCCGCCAGGUGCUCUACUCGCCGUACCCGACCACGCACAUCGACGUGGACAUCAACACGGUGAAGCAGAUGCCGCCGUGCCACGAGCACACGUACAACCAGCGGCGCUACAUGCGGUCGGAGCUGAGCACGCUGUGGAAGACGGACAGCGAGGAGGACAUUCCUCCAGACACGGUCAUCCACACCGACGAGGCCUUCACGCCCGACCUGAAUAUAUUUCAAGACGUUGCGCAUACAGAUACUUUGGUCAAGUCAUUUAUAGAUGAGGUGUUCAUGCUGAAGCCGGGCCUGUCCCUGCGGAGCACCUAUCUGGCCCAGUUCCUGCUGCUGCUCCACAGGAAGGCGCUCGCGCUGCUCAAGUACAUCGAGGACGAAACGCAAAAAGGGAAGAAGCCAUUCCGGUCUCUGCGCAACUUAAAGACGGACCUGGAUCUGACGGUGGAAGGAGACCUGACCAUCGUGAUGGCCUUCGCUGAGAAGCUGCGGGCGGGACUACACUCGUUCGUGUUCGGGAAGCCCUUCCUCACCAGCAUGCAGGAGCGAGACGUACUCAUGAGCUUCUGACGCGUUCUUCACCUGCACUUUACGUAUUGGAUGGCUGAUGGAAGCAGACAUUCAGGGACUUUUUUUUUUUUAUUAUUACAUGAGAGCGUAUGCAUGUGCACCUGUGCUGGCAUGAUUUUAAAGAAUGAUUGUUGCUGCUGUUUUGAGCCAUUCGAAUUAAAGGUUUGAUAGAUUGCCUACGUCAGCUGUGCGCUUAGCAGUUAAAUGUUUUCAGAAGGCUUUGAAUUUUCUCAGUGGGAUGAAUUAUUCAUGUAUUCAAUGUCUUCUGUUAGUAGAGGGUCUGUAUUAAUUUAUGGUGUUAAAAUUGGCUAAGGUGCCCAGCAGAACAUCUGCAAUUUAAUUUAAGUGAUAUUUAUUAAACCAUGCAUCGUUAAUUUCUUCACUGCUUGUGCUGAACUACCACCUCAGUUAAACGUUGAACCUCCUGAACCUUGAAGAUUGCCUGUUUGAAAAAUUCAAUGCACUGGAUGUGAAUGUGCUGGUGCAGAAGAUGCUGUGAGUAAUCGUACGCAGACAUUUUCAUAGGGAAGAAAAACAAAAGCAUGUUACAUGAAGUCAUAUGACAGUGGGACUGUGUCAUCACAUGCUUGCGCAGAUUGUUCCUCCCACAGCAACAGCCAAGUCUUUUUGUGCUGAGCUGUUGAAGGCAAAGACAUUUAGUGGACGUGAUUUAAGUAACGCUUUAAAAACAUGAAUAUGUGACUUGCUUGUGUUCGAUGUUACAUUUUUAUGUCAUAUUAGUUUGAAUCAGUGGAUUCAGCUGCAUUUACUGCACUCCCCUCCCCUCUUUCUCUGUUUACAUCACUGACGGUUUGGCCUUAACAAUGAAUAUUCUUCUAACUGUUUGUGGGUCUGUGCACUCGGGAAUCAGUAUUAAGCACUGUAAUAAGGACGAUGGUGUGUCCUGAAUAUUCUUUUAAGGAACAAUGAAUUAAAUAUCGAAGAUCAAGUCACGUUCAGAUAUCAAACCAAGUAUUGAUGUAGCUAAAAAGCUCAGAGAGGUUUCCAGGAAUAAAGACAAAUAAAUACUGAA